AUGGGCGCCAAAACUCAUGAAGACCCGAUUCCUGGGGGAAAUGGUGGACCUGCAUCAACCGCCAUCACCUCCGCCGGCGGAGAACCCCGCGGCGCGCACCUCUCGCGCGACGGCGACGGCAGCAUCGGGGACGGCGGCGACGAUGACGAGGACGAUGACGAGGAUGAGACGGCCGCCGUAAAGCCCGCCACUGACAACAACAGCAACAAGAAGAAAAAGCGAAAGCCCAAGAAGAAGAAGAAGGCCAAGAAGCCCGCCACCGCGCAGUCCUCCCCCCCGCGGGUCCCGCUGAGCGAGCUGUUCCCCUCGGGCGAGUAUCCCGCGGGCGAGUCCCUGGCGUACGCCCGGGACUUUAACACCUCUCGCACCGCGGAAGCCGAGCUGCGGUACCUCGACCGCAAGCACCUCGAGGAUCCCACUCUCCUAAACGACUACCGCAAGGCGGCCGAGGUCCACCGGCAGGUGCGGCACUGGGUGCAGGAUACCGUCAAGCCGGGGCAGACCCUCACGGAGAUCGCGGUCGGGAUCGAGGACGGCGUGAGGGCGCUGCUGGGGAACCAGGGUCUCGAGCCGGGCGACGCGUUGAGGGCCGGGAUGGGCUUUCCCACCGGGCUGUCCGUCAACUCCUGCGUGGCGCAUUACACGCCGAACCCGGGCCAGAGGGAGAUCGUGCUGCGGCACGAGGACGUGAUGAAGGUCGACUACGGCGUGCACGUCAACGGCUGGAUCGUCGACAGCGCGUUCACCAUGUCCUUCGACCCCGUCUACGACAACCUCCUCGCGGCCGUCAAGGACGCGACCGACACCGGUAUCAGGACCGCCGGCAUCGACGUGCGCAUCUGCGACGUCAGCGCCGCGAUCCAGGAGACGAUGGAGAGCUACGAGGUCGAGAUCGGCGGCAGGUCGUACCCCGUCAAACCCGUCCGCAACAUCUGCGCGCACGACAUCAAGCGGUACCGCAUCCACGGCUCCAAGGCGAUCCCCUUCAUCAAGAACGCCGACCAGACCAAGAUGGAGGAGGGCGAGAUCUUCGCCAUCGAGACGUUCGGGUCCACGGGCCGCGGCAAGACGACGGACGACGUGGGUACCUACGGGUACCGUCUGCGCGACGAUGCUCCCGUGAACGUGUCGCUGCCGUUCGCGUCGGCGAACCGGCUGCACAAGGUGAUUCGCGAGCAGUUCGGCACGUUGGUGUUUUGUCGGAGGUACCUCGAGAGGCUGGGCGCCGAGAGGUAUCUUGCCGGGCUGAAUUGUUUGGUUAAUCACGGGGUGCUGGAUUCGUAUCCGCCCAUGAUUGAUGUGAAGGGGUCGUAUUCUGCGCAGUUUGAGCAUACGAUUUUGUUGAGGGAGGGUGGGAAGGAGGUUAUCAGUCGGGGGAGCGAUUAUUGA